CCAAAGAGCAUACCUUCCGUGCAACCUCGCAGGCUAUCUCAGCUCUCUCUCAUCUCAUCGUUGACAUGGAGAAGUUGAGUUUAGUGAGAGAAGGAGAGAGCAAACUGCCCCCGGGAUUUCGAUUUCAACCCACGGAUGAAGAGAUCGUCUUCCAAUAUUUGUCGCGUAAAACAUUUAAUCAUCCCAUGCCUGCUCUAGUGAUCCCUGAACUCGACGUCUUCACUUAUGAUCCAUGGGAGCUUCCAGGUGAUGGAGAGCAGGAGAUGUAUUUUUUUUGUAACAAGGAAGGUAGGAAAAUGGGGAGAGGAAGUGAAUGUGGUGUUUGGAAGGCUAGCGGUUCGGCCAAACGAAUAAUUUGUUCGAAAAAGAUGCCCAUUAUUGGGAUCAGAAAAUCAUACGUAUUUCAUAGACGAACAAAGCAUCGUUGUGCUGUUAGAACUGAUUGGAUCAUGCAUGAGUACUGCCUUGCUCUUUCACAAAGUCAGCAAACACAUGCGACUGACCAGGGUUGCUUGGUUCGAAUAGGAAACUGGACGUUGUGUCGCGUAAUUUUUAAGAAAGCGAGAGUUAGUGAAGUGGGAGUGGAUGAUUUCUCGAGUGAUUCUUCUUCUUCUUCUUCUUGUUCUUCAUCUGAUUCUAGUAUUUUUUCGGAUGUUUCUUCGGGUUAGAAUAUUAAUCUACUGAUAAUGUAUUGUAUUCCUCAAAAGGUUCAUGAAUUAUAUUCUAUGAAAUUGCAGUGAUUUUGUGGUGUA